AUGUCUUUCCAAGCUACAGCAGCACACUCGUCUCGCAUCACCAAGCCAAGAAGAAAAAGUGCCGUCGCAUCACUGGGUCUCAAACGAACAACUUCAUCACCCUCAGCAGCGAGUUCAAAGAGGCGGUCGCUACCGAACGACACUACCACUCCCUUUGAUGAUGACGAGGAACUAGAUGAUACCGGUGUGAUAGCCUCUCUUUCCGAUGACCUAAACUUUCGCGAUGUCCCACAGUACAUGGAGUACAUCCGCAACAGGAUGUUUAGCGACAUGCCAGAGAAGGCCGGUAUGAACUCGACCAGGAUAGCAGAGGUUUUGAAUUUCCGGAGAAGAUUGCCACCGUUUGUCACGGUAGCGCAUAUCGACGCACUCAGCACCUCGUCAACGCGGAUUGAGCGGGAAAUUGCUGAGCUAGCCAGAGCAGGUAUCCUGAGAAGGGUGACGAUACCGAAUCGGGGGGUUGGUGCUGCUGCAGUGGGUGAUGGUAUUGCUUCGGUGAGAGAGUGGCAGAACCUCAUGCAAUCUCAUGCUGAGCUACCUGAAGAUCUGAAAGCCAUGAACGCCAACCCGACAUCUACAUCCAUCCCUGGCACAACCUUCACCUCUCCCCAGCUAUCCGCCCUAGUAACCUUUGGCUUCCUCACCUCAGCCUCAAGCUACCCUUCCAACACCUCGCUUUUCGCCUCUCCAGGCGCCAGCUCACUCCUCGCCGUCUCCACAUCCGGAUCCCGCCAUGCAGCCGGUUCUCUAGACGCCGUCGGCGGCACGCAAGCAACCCAGCACAUCCACGGCGGCACUUCAUUAUCUGGAUCCCGCCCAUCCGUAGCAGCACAGUACAACUUCUCCCUGCCCAACAUGGGCACACACAUUAAGCUGCUGGUUGAUGCACGGAACCACCUACUCACUCUGCUGAAGAAGACAAAGCAUAGAGAGAUGUCACUUGAUGUCCUGCGUGAGAGAUGGGACGGUAAUGUCGCGGCGCAUGAUAUCAAAGCGGAGAGGAAGAAAUUGAGGGGCGAGUUUGCAGGCGUACUACCUGGGCGAACGAAGAAAUGGAAGACAUUCUAUGGGAUGAGGUUUGAGUGGGUCUUGGAGGAAUGUCUAGGUGCUGGCUUAGUUGAACUCUUUGAGACCGGUAGCGUUGGUAGAGCUGUGCGAGCGAUAUCUUGA